AUGGACUUAUUUCCAGAACCGGUGUCCAAACCCAUUGUGACCACGUCCUGCAACGAGACCCAGUGCUUGUUGGUCUGUGUGGGAGAGGAGACUAAACACACGAAAUACUCCUGGAAAGAGAACGACGAAACUGUAAAGGAGGGAAACACCUUGACGGUGGAGAAGAGUGGAGAGCAGAGUAAAAGUUACACCUGUGUGUUCAGUAACCCUAAGAGUGAGGAGCACAGUGACCCCCUCACUGAGAUGGACUUAUUUCCAGAUCCUGUGUCCAAACCCAGUGUGACCACGUCCUGCAGUUGGACCCACUGCAUCCUGACCUGUGUGGGAGAGGAGACUAAACACACGAAAUACUCCUGGAAAGAGAACAAUGAAACUGUAAAGGAGGGAAACACCUUGACGGUGGAGAAGAGUGGAGAGCAGAGUAAAAGUUACACCUGUGUGUUCAGUAACCCUAAGAGUGAGGAGCACAGUGACCCUCUCACUCAGAUGGACUUAUUUCCAGCCAAAGGUUCUUCAGCUGGUCCCAUCACUGGUGUAAAUCUCCCUGAGGAGAAGAGGAGCGAGUUCUAUGCAGAGGUCAAGACAGUGUAUCAGAAUGUACAGGAACUGCAGUCCUAUGCUGCCCGUUUCAUGGACAUUUGUACAUAA